AUGUCACCAGAUACAUAUGACUUCAUCGUUGUAGGUGGUGGUACGGCCGGUUUAGUAGUCGCAACUCGUCUUUCUGAAAUUCCAAGUCAACGCGUCCUCGUCUUAGAGGCCGGAGCUGAUUUCAGCCCAGACCAACGGAUUAAGACCCCGGCUUCCUGGACAUCUUUGCAGGGCACUGAGGUAGAUUGGGGCUUCCGGACUGAGCCACAGCCAUUGCUCAACGAGAGAUCAAUUGGGGUCAGCCAAGGCAAAACACUUGGAGGCUCUAGUGCCAUUAAUGCUCAGGUGUUUGUUCCAUGCAACCCGUCCGUGAUUGAUCAUUGGGGCUCGUCUCUUGGGAAUAGUGGCUGGAAUUGGGAGACUCUACGCCCGUACUAUGCCAAAGCUUAUACUUCUCCUCCGGUCGACAGCUCGCUGGCAGAGGCGCUCGGCAUUGACGGAUGGACAGAUCAUAGUGACACGCACGGUCCUCUUCCAACCUCGUUCCCCGGGAACCCGUCCCAUCCCAUAAGGAAGGCUUGGGCAGACACAUUUCGCGUCAAUGGCUACUACACCGUACAAGAUCCCUUCAUCAACGGGUCUUUGGGGAGUUUUUCUUGCCUCGCAACCGUCGACCCAGUCACAAAGGAGAGAACCAAUGCCGCUUCGGCAUACUACGCUAGUAGUAAGACGAGAAAGAAUUUGGAGGUCCUCACAAAUUCCACUGUUGAAAAGAUCCUUUUCGACAGCGAAGGCCCAAACAGCAAGGAGUCCAUCGUAGCUUCUGGGGUUCUUUAUAACUAUAAAGGCGAGUGCCGAAAAGCCAUCUGUAACAAGGAGGUUAUACUUGCCGCAGGUGCUCUUCAGUCGCCCAAGAUAUUAGAGCUUUCUGGAAUCGGCAAUGCAAGUUUCCUGGAAAAGCACGGCAUUGACCCUAUCGUCGAUCUCCCAGGAGUUGGAGAGAACCUUUAUGAUCAUCUAAUCGACACGAUUAGCUACGGGGCGGUGGACACCCUGGAAACGCUUGACCCUCUCAUUCUGGACCCAUCCGUGCGUGAACAAGCCAUAACUGACUUCGCAGAACGUCGGACCGGUCUACUUACCUCGAUGGGAGUGUACACAUACGCAUAUCUUCCUAUCAUGGAACACCUCUCUAGUGAAGGGCGAGAGCGACUAACCAAAUUGCUUGUCGACAAUCGUCCCACUCCGGGAGAGAAUCCUGACCAGGUUAGAGCUCAAGCGUACUACAAAGUGGCCGAGGCGACCCUUCUUGACCCGAAGCAGGCUUCUGGGGCAUACUUCUCGUUCCUUGGGCCAUGGGGUGGCCCGAUCGAAGAAAAUGGUCGGACUUUGACUCUUUGCGUCAUGCUUUCCCAGCCACUUUCUCGUGGAAGCGUCCAUAUUCGUUCCAACGACACAUCGGCUGCUCCCAUAGUCAAUCCCAACUACUUAUCCAAUUCGUUGGACCUGGAUCUCUUCGCGGAGCAUAUGCUCUACAUCGAAACCAUUGCCCGUUUACGCCCUCUGACUGACCUCCUGAAACACCCCAUCAUUCGCAGGCAUUCGUCUUCAAACCUUACUGAUCUAGAAACCGCGAAGAAAUGGAUCCAGAAGAGUGCGGCGUCUAUGUGGCACCUGGGAGGCAGUUGUGCAAUGUUACCGAAAGAAAUGAAUGGAGUUGUAGACAGCACACUGAAGGUCUACGGAACUCAGAACCUCCGUAUUGUAGAUUCGAGCGCAAUCCCCCUAAUCAGCACAGCCAAUCUCCAAUCUACUGUGUACGCGUUCGCCGAAAGAGCAGCGGACUUGAUCAAGGAGACGUGGGGUUUUGGAAUGAGCCAGCUCUGA